CUUCUCCAUUGAUCUUCAUCAUCUUAAGUCACUCACCACACAUACAUCUUCUCAACCCAAACCCAAGCAACAAAAAUGUCCCCCCUUUCCUUCCGCGAACACAUCAACCUCCCACCCUCAACCGCCACCCUCCACGACUCCACCCUGAUCAUCAUCGACGCGCAAAACGAAUACGCCACCGGCAAGCUCCAAGUGCACAAUGUGGCCCAAUCCCGCGUCGCCAUCGCCAACCUCCUCGCCAGGUACCGCGCCGCCGGCGCCAAGCAGAACAUCGUCCACGUCCUGCACCGCACGCCCGCGGGCGCCCCGCUCUUCACGCCGGACACCCCGCUCGCCGAGGAGUUCGAGGAGCUGCAGCCCCGCUCCGACGAGAAGGUCAUCUUCAAGCAACUUCCUAGCUGCUUUGCGCAGACGGAGUUGCACGAGCACCUCGCGGGGUUGGGGGCGGUGGGGAAGAAGAUCGUGCUCGUCGGGUAUAUGGCGCAUGUGUGUGUGUCGACGACGGCCCGCGCGGGCCAUGAGCUCGGGUAUGAGGUCUUGGUCGUGAAGGAGGCAGUGGGCGAUCGGGCGAUUCCUGGUGUUGAGGCUGGGACGUUGGUGGAUGUGGCGCUGUAUGAGAUUGGGGAUGUUUUUGGGACCGUCCUCGAGGAGGGGAAGGAGAUUGGGGAGUGAGAGGGGGUUUAUUCUUUGGUAGAGGCUGGUUGGUCGGGUGUGUAGGGUUGAGGAUUUGGGUCUCAUUCAUUAAGUUAUGUGGAAAUGACAUGAGGUGUAUAAAUUGGUUUUGGAUUGAGGAAUUGCUUUAUGCUCGUCACAAAGUGUAGACAGGCGGGUCGCAGCCAGUGCCUAGCUCGUAGCAAGCUGCCGCUAAACCUAACAACUGAGAUCAAUGCAGCUCCUGACCAUCUAAUCUCCUGUCUGCUACUGACAUUGUGCGU